CGAGGCUAUAAAAGGCGGGCGGGCGGCCGGGGGCGCAGUGCGGGCGCCACGUGGAGGGGGAGCGGAGCCGCCAUGGCCUCCAACGACUACAGCCAGACGGCGACGCAGAGCUAUGGGGCAUACCCCACCCCACCGGGGCAAGGCUACUCGCAGCAGGGCAGCCAGCCCUAUGGGCAGCAGAGCUACAGCGGCUACAGCCAGUCCAGCGACACCUCCGCCUAUGGGCAGAACAGCUACAGCUCGUCCUACGGCCAGACCCAGAGCAGUUACAGCGCUCAAUCCACGCCUCCGGCAUACGGCAGCGCCGGCGGCUACGGCAGCGGGCAGAGCUCGCAGAGCUCCUAUGGACAACCCUCCUCCUACCCCAGCUAUUCCCAGCCGCCCGCUGCCGGCUCCUCCUCCGGCAGCUACGGCAGCAGCUCGCAGAGCUCCAGCUACGGCCAACCCCCCAGCAGCGGCUACAGCCAACAGUCGAGCUACAGCGGGCAACAACCCACCUACAGCCAACAGUCGUCCUACAACCCCCCCCAGAGCUACAGCCAGCAGAGCCAGUACAACAGCAGCGGUAGCGGCGGCAACAGUUACGGGCAGGAACAGUCGUCCAUGAGCAGCGGCGGCGGGUACCAGGACCAAGGAGGUUACGGAGGGCAACAGGAGCGGAGCCGAGGCCGCGGCGGAUACGGCCGCGGCGGCUACGACCGGGGGGGCCGCGGCAGCCGGGGGGGCCGCGGCAGCACCAACAUGGGCGGUGGUGAGCGUGGUGGCUUCAAUAAAUUCGGUGGACCCCGGGACCAAGGGCCGAGGCACGAUGCGGGUGAACAGGACAACUCAGACAACAACACCAUCUUCGUGCAGGGGCUGGGCGAGAACGUCACCAUCGAGUCCGUGGCCGACUACUUCAAGCAGAUCGGCAUCAUUAAGACCAACAAGAAGACGGGGCAGCCCAUGAUCAACCUGUACACGGACCGGGAGACCGGGAAGCUCAAGGGGGAGGCCACGGUCUCCUUCGACGACCCCCCCUCGGCCAAAGCCGCCAUUGACUGGUUCGAUGGCAAAGAGUUCUCCGGGAACCCCAUCAAGGUGUCCUUCGCCACCCGCCGCGCCGACUUCAACCGCGGCGGGGGGGGCGGCCGGGGGGGGCGCGGCCGGGGAGGCCCCAUGGGCCGCGGCGGUUUCGGCGGCUCCGGUUCGGGCUCCGGCUCCCGGGGCGGGUUUCCCAGCGGAGGCGGCGGCCAACAACGCGCCGGUGACUGGAAGUGCCCCAACCCGGCCUGCGAGAACAUGAACUUCUCAUGGCGCAACGAGUGCAACCAAUGCAAAGCCCCCAAACCCGAGGGGCCCGGAGCCCCCCAUAUGGGCAAGUACCCGGGGGGGGGGCGGCCGCGGCGGCGGCAACCAUAUGGGUGGAGGAGGAGGAGGAGGAGGAGGAGGAGGGUUCGGAGAGGAGAGACGCGGCGGGCGCGGAGGCUUCGAGCGCGGCGGGUACAGGGGGGGCCGAGGAGGGGAGCGAGGGGGCUUCCGAGGAGGAAGAGGAGGAGAGCGCGGAGGCUUCGGGCCCGGCAAGAUGGACUCCAGGGGCGACCACCGGCAGGACCGCCGCGAGAGGCCGUACUGAGCCCCCCCAAACCCCCCCCAUACCCCCCCCAUGUUUUGUAUUGAAGCUCCGCCCCCCCA